AUGCUUCCGGGUGUUGUAUUGGAUUAGAAUACGAAUGUAAUGUGGUUUUAUGAUUCGUUACUCGAAUUAUAAAUAGGGAGGACUGAUUGUAAAAGAAUAUAAGUAUAAUGAGUUUCUCGGGAAAGAAGGGUGCGGACAAGGCCUUUGCCAUGUUAAGAACACUUCCUCGUGUUUGUUUGGGUAAUAUCCGAAGAAAUCCGGGAACACGAAUCAGGCCAACCAGAGGCCGAGCACAACAUGGAGGUGACAAACAUGGUGCUGGUAACAAGGGUUCGGGGCAAAGACAGAAUUACAUGCGCCUUGGAUAUGAAACUGGAAACACCCCUUUCUAUCUGCGUUUCACAUGUGAACCAUAUUACAAGGGACAUCACUUGCGACGGGAGUACCCACCUCUCUCCUUACUACAGCUUCAGAAAAUGAUUGACACAGAUCGUCUGGAUGUCUCGCAACCAAUUGAUUUGUCACUUAUGUGCAAUACAGGAUUAUAUAAAAUGGAUCCCCAUCAUAAACAUUUUGGCAUUCAGUUGACAGAUGAGGGAGCAGACAUUUUCAAAGCAAAAGUAAACAUAGAAGUUCAGUGGGCAUCAGAACCAGUCAUUGCUGCCAUCGAGAGAAAUGGAGGUGUUAUUACAACAGCUUAUUAUGAUGUUCACAGUCUUUGGGCUGUAAUCAAUCCUAAACAUUUUUUCAAUAAAGGAGAGGCAAUUCCACGCCGCAUGCUGCCACCAGAGGAUGCAGUAGAUUACUACACAAACCCUGCUAAUCGUGGUUACCUGGCAGAUCCUGAGAAGAUUUCCUGGGAGCGUCUGGUGUUGGCACAAAAGUAUGGUUAUCAGUUGCCAGUACUUGAAAAUGAUCCAGAUUAUGCCAUGCUCACCCAAAGGAAGGAUCCAAGGCAGAUAUUUCUAGGACUUGAACCUGGUUGGGUGGUGAAUCUUCGUGAUCGUUGCAUCCUCAAACCCACAGAUGAACAACUCAAAGAAUUUUAUUGUUCAUAGCCUAUGAACAAAGCAGCCGUUAUUAAUGCAAUUAACAUAAUGAAUUAAUAUAAACAAAAUAUUUGUCUCACCUGUCUCAAAGGAUUUUGUUUUUAAUUUGUCUUUAUAAUAUUGCAUACAUCAGCUACUAAAUUGUUUAACAAAAAUUUUUUUGCCGACGAAAAAUACAAAUUACAAUACUACAGGUUUUCUUUUUUAAUCAGUAUACAGUGAAACAUCGCCACAGUUUGAUACGUUGCAUUAUUCAAAAUGAUUUAAACAACAAGGAUUUCACAGUGGUAUUAUAAUACCUACUUUCCCCACAUACAAUGACCCCUUUAUGGAUCAGCUUAUGUAAAGGUUUCCAAAGGGAUGUAACUAUAAAUAUUGGUUACUUAAUGGUGGUACACAGAUAUAAAGGCUGCUCUUGCGCAGUAAAGUCUUUUAUUUUCCUUUAACUGUGCAAUCAGUGUAAGCAAGUCAUUAUUCAAAACGCAAAUUUAGCAAUGUAUAUUUGUUGCUGGAAUCACAACUACCUUCUAUACAGGCAGCCAUUUCUGUUAACAGUAUGUUAUAAAUCAUAAUACACUGAUGACUGAA